AUGCUGCAGAGCCUGGACCAGGACGGUCCCGCUGCCAUCCCAGCCCAAGGUCCUGGUGCGCCCUGGAGGCGGCUGAGCUCGGCUGGCAGCGGCUGGAGCUCCUUCCCCCUCCUGCCGGCCCCGCGGAGCUUCCCCGGGGGGCAGAGCCGGAGCCUGCGGCUGGAACUGGAGAGCCACGGGGAUGGCAGCGAUGUCAUGGCUCAGAUCAAUGCCAGCCGGUCCCACCAGCCCUUCCUGGUGACCAAGGUGAAGGUGAGGGAGCCCGAACACCGCGUGGCCAAGCGCAGCCUCCGCUGCAGCCAGAACUCCAAGCUGUGCUGCCGCAAGGAUUACUACGUGGAUUUCCGCGACAUCGGCUGGAACGACUGGAUCAUCAAGCCCGAGGGCUACCAGAUAAAUUACUGCGUGGGCCAGUGCCCUCUGCACGUGGCAGGCAGCCCUGGCAUGGCCUCUUCCUUCCACACGGCCGUCUUCAACCUCGUCAAAGCCAACAACAUCCAGGCGUCGGGGCAUUCCUGCUGCGUGCCCACGCGGCGCAGGCCGCUCUCCGUCCUCUACUUCGAUCGCAACAGCAAUAUCGUCAAGACUGACAUUCCCGACAUGAUUGUUGAUGCUUGUGGCUGUAGUUAGGGCUGGGGGAGCUGUGCUGGGUCCCCUUUUCUCCAGGACCGUCCCUCUGGUGGAGCGGGAGGGAGCUCCAUGAGCCGGAGGCAGCCCUCGGUGCAAUGGACUCCUUUGGAAAGGUUGGGAGGGAGAGGAUCUCACCGGUGGGAGCAGGGAAUCUGCAGAGAGUGCCUGGAGCAGGGGGCUCUGGGGACAUGGGACAGAGCCACGGCCACACUGGACUGCCCAGGCCUGGGCUGUGCAUGUUGAUGACUCUGGACAUCCCUGCCUGAGCUGUUCCCAAGCUGAGCCCGCACUCCUGGUGCUGUGGGGGCCCCGUUUGGUUCAUUCAGUGUCUGAUGAGUGGUUGGGACGGGGCUUCCUUGGGGGCAGAGUGGAUGCAGAAACGGAGCUGUUUCCUCCACAUGGGAAUCUGGAGGACAAAGCAGUCCUGCUUGCUUCCCUUCUGGAACAAACCUUCCUGCAUCCAACUCAGGCCUCCUUCUGGGGACAGAUGGAAUGGGGCACAAAUAACAGGCCUGGGAGAGGAGGAUGAAGGGUACAACUUCAUCACGAAACUCAAAACAUCAGUGACUGGACAAAGUUCUCAGAUCCCUGGAGGGUGUGGAGCUGUGAGGACCAAACUUGGAGGUCCUGGUGUUCUCCCCCUGUCCCAGGGUUUGUGCUUUCCUCCCCUGCUCCCACCCACCAGCCGGGUCUCCUCCAGCCUGGUGCCUCCAUAAGGGGAGAUCUGCCUCAAACUUUGCCUUCAAGACCUCACUCAAGGAACAGAUUUGGUUUGUGCCACUGGUUUUGCAGCCGUUGGGACACCCUGGUGCUCCAUCCUCUGCUGAAGAUCCCACUCUGCCUUCCCCCUUCUCGUGCACCCACAUGACCUCCUCUUUAAUUUAUUACACAACAUUUUGGUGCAGCUUCCCAAAUAAACGGAUGGAAAUGCAAGA